UAAUAAUGGUCUUACUUUUAGAUUUUACACAUUCAUUUAUUAUGGCAGUUGGUUGGUUCAAACUGUGAAUUCUGGCUGAUAGCCAGGUCAAUAUUUUUGCGGGACACUUGAUAAAUCCCCCUUUAUAACUUUAAAGUCUGGGCUGAUUAGAUAGUGGUUUAAACCACAGUCUAUGGUUUAAACGGAUUCUGAAGAUAGAGAUUUCGUUAACGAUGACAGGCGUGUGACAAAAUUUAGGUAGCAAAUAACAAUGCUGAAUAGCCUACUUCUGACGUAGUUUACACAGUACCUGUACGCUCAGAUGGCUUCGGCAUCAUCAACAGCGGCCAAGAAACAUUGAUUACUGUUCCCUUAGCCAAGAAGCUUAAACCUGGUCACAAACAACAAAUGGGUGAUUCUUCAAUUCGGGGCACUUUUGACUUUUGAAAUUUUGAAAAAAUACAUUUCUUUAAACUCUGUUUUUUCUAUUUCAAACGCUUUAUUAAGUGGUCUGGAACAAAGAUCUUAGCAUAGCAUUGAUCGUCCUUCAAGAUAAUUUUGAUAUUACGAUGCUUUUUUCAAAACUGUCACAGCAAAAUGUCAUUACCAUCACAAAAUCAAAAAACUGAAGUUUUCACAAUCAUUCCAGUAUAUAGGCCUACAACAAAUGCUCUUUGAGAAGCAUGUUCUAAAUAUUUGUAAGUACAUUUAAAAUAUAUUUUAACGUCAUGUUCUCUCUAACUUAAUAUAUAUUGCCUUGGCUCAACAAUGAAAUAUUGUUUACUAAUCAAAAUAUUUUAAUUGCAAUGUUUUUUUUUGAGAAAAUGCAAAUUUAGAUUUAAACACUUUACCACAAUGAUUGAGGCAAGACCCAAGAUAACAAAAAACAUUUUCUAUCAAGAUUUUCUGUCUAUUAGGUUAGCUAGCAUACAAUGUACAUUGAAUAAAUGUAAAUAAAGUGAAAUUACUUAUUUCUGAACUAAAAUACUCAAAUAGUAACUUGUUUGGUAUUGAUGCCUACUAAACAUACACUCAGAUCAGGACUUAUAAAUCUUUUGUGGACAUCAAAAAGUCAUGUUUCUGCCAUGUCUGGCCAUGUGCCCCUGUCACUUCUCAUUUCUAUGGCAACUACAUAAAAAAAAUUUGAAAACUUUAUUGCUGUCUAAAAUGUUUGGUGUGAUGGUAAUGACAGAUGUAUCAGGGACAGAGAUAUUUAACUAUAAAAUUGCACAUACAUAUACCAUAUGAAUUUGAAAUAUGUCUUUUUAUGUUAUUAUGAGAAAAUGCAAAGUAAAGUUUUAAUGAAUUUAACCAUUUUUAUUACUUUAUUAUAGAGGUGACGUUAAAAAGUGUGGGUUGGGGACAAGCCCAAAACAGUGCAAUUCUGGCACAUUUGAAUUUUCAACAUAGCCGACUGAAAAAGUAUUAAAAUGUCAUCAUUGAGAAACAAUUCCCUUUUCAUAGGUACUACAACCUAACCCUAACCAAUACAAUAAUCUUUUUUUUUCUCUUGAAAAUCUACCCUGGGGAUAGACCUUAAUUGAAGAAUCACCCAACUACAAACAUCUUUCAGGAAGACAACGAUCCCAAGCAUAUCUCACAUCAACCAAGAAAUUGUGACUGAAUGAAGAGGGCAGUCGACAAACACAGAUCAAACGAUGUUGAACGAUUAUGGAAGAACAACCGAUCUCAAAAAUUACGAACUAUAUAUGUCUGUGCUAUCUGGGUAUAAAGGAGCUCCAUAGUAUGGAAAACACAUAGCCUAAUGCAAACUACCCAGAUAUAGAAGCCAUCCAUAAAUAUGAAGAUAGCAAGCUGGCUAGCUACACAUUGAUAAACGUAGCCUAUCUAGCGGCAAAAUAGCUAUGAACCAUUUGGUGAGCUAAGUUGUAAGGUUAGCCUAAUUUAACAUGUCUGUAUUAUACUUAGGCGGACAGUUUCGUUUAAGGUUAUGCGGCUAGCCUACGUCUUACGUUCUGAAACGUCUGUUCCAGAUGUUCUCAAAGCCUGCUACCCGAAAUCGCAGUAGCCUACAUCUUGUCACUGUAUGCUGUAUGCAGCGUGCAAAACAGUUCAGUGGUGCAGUCGAACCUUUCGUCGAGUAUGAUCUUGAGACACACUUUAUCGAUAAUUGUUUUGUAUUACUGAACAAAAAACCGUACAAUUGGGUAAUGAAUAUGGCAUAUUUUAGCAGCAGUGGUGGUUACUUGAACUCCAGGCACAUUUUUUAGCAGGAAUGGUGAUUGAAGUGAACUUCAGCUGAUUUAGUUAAAUUCAGAUGAGUCAAUUCAGAUUAAUUAAAAUCACCCUGUUUUCAUUUAUUUUCUGUAUCUGGGAUUAUCCAGGAGACCAUUUUUUAAAUAUCGGAAGUAAAUUUUUGCUUGACGUUUCCUGAACGGUGACACUAUAUUGUAUGUAUAUUGUACCUGUCCAUUCACUGAAUGCAGUUUUUAGUUUUACUUUACUAUCAGCAUGUGACGCAACAGAAGUCUAUGUGGAAAAUGUACGGACUAUUGUUACGUCAUCAAUGCGUUCGAAAUUUCAUAUAAAUUUCACACAAAAACAGGUAAAGUCACUUGUACCUUGUACGAAGUAACGUUCUUUUCGGCAGGACAACGCUUUCAAGAUGUUAUCCUCAGAGACCGAAAAGUACGAUUUUAUAGAGGGCUUAGGCCGUGGUAUGUUCGCGGAGGUCGCCAGAUUCCAGCGUCAAAGCGACCGGAAAAUGGUGGCCGUGAAAAGAAUGCCCCGUGUUCACACGAGGCUUUGCCUUCACGAAGCACGAGUUCUCGCUGCUCUCACGGACGAGAAUGCUUACGAUCACCACAUCGUUCGUUUUUAUGAAGCUUUCGGGGACGAGUUUCAUGUUUACUUGGUGGAAGAAGUAAUGGGCCAGAACCUGCAUGACUUCCAAAUGGCAAAUUCGUUGAUAAAGUUUAAAAUACGGGACAUCCGGACGGUUGUUCUCCAGGUGGCCACAGCCCUGGCCAAACUGAAAGACAUGGGCGUCGUUCACGCUGACAUCAAACAGGAAAACAUCGUGCUCGUGAACCAGCGCCGCGAGCCCUUCCGAGUAAAGCUGAUCGACUUUGGCUCCGCCAUUACUACCCAUGACCUGGCUUCAAUGUGGACGCCCUACAUUCAGCCCAGAUUCGUCAGAGCUCCAGAGGUCCUACUGGGCUAUCGUUGCACGGAAAAGAUCGACGUGUGGUCUUUGGCCUGUGUGAUGGGGGAAAUGGCCCUUGGUCGGACCCUCUUCCCCUCGCGCUGCGAGCUGGAACUGGCCCACAGCAUCUUUGGGAGCCGGGGGUUUCCCUCUGCUACGAUGCUGGAAGCAAGCAUCAAGACUAAAUUGUUUUUCGACCUUGUAGACAAUGGUAGGGGAGCACAUGAAUUGCGGGUGAAGCCCUACCAGGGAAGAGAACUGUUUACGGGGACACAGAGCUUGCGGAGGCAUGUGCCAGCCAACCUGGAGCUUCUUCAAGCCCUGGAGGAUCUUGCGAAAGGCUAUGAAGAACAAGAGCUCGCUGAGUCUGCUGACCGUAGGUGCCUGGUUGACCUGCUCAAUCGAAUGCUGGUUCUUGAACCAGAACAGCGGAUCAGCCCCAACCAGGCCCUACGCCACCCUUUCCUCACCCUGCAGCACCUCCAAAAGCGCGGAAACUACCGCUCAUAUUACAACUUUGCGCUGCAGGGGUACAGUGAGGCAGGUGUGACCCUGCCCCAGGACCGCUCUGACAUGUAUGCGGAUUCCUCUGAGGAGAUCGUCCUCGAGGUCCCGAAGAGGAAGAAGCGUUCCCUGAGACAGUCGCUACGCUCGCUUUUCACGCGCCUUUUCACACGCCGGCGCAAGAAGCAGCCUGCGGCCGCUCAGGGAAACGAGGACGGCCUGGAGGGUUCCGCAAGCUGUGCCGUCCCUGGAGACCAGCCGGCCCAGAACACCGGGAGCGAAGAGCAGGCAUGUGAGGACCAGUGCCAAUCCCCGACUGCAGGCAGCAGUGUCCGGGCCGAGGAGUCGACCGCCCACGAGGAGCCCCCAAAGAAGAAAGGCUUCAUGAGGUGGAUGCGGACAGUUGCCUCCUGCUUUUCUGGAUGCCGGGGCAAGAAGGCUGUCGCCACAGAGGACAGCAACAGCAGCCUGUAGAGUUCUGGGUGGUGGAAAGCAUGACGAGGACGAAUGCUGGAGCUGAAUCAACUUAUUGGUCAACUUACCACAUAGGCAAGAAAAUUUAAUCUCAUACCAGGCCUUGGGCAGGAUGCUAGGAGUAUGCCCCAGGCAGAAAUAUGGUAAGAAAGAUUGGUGAGUAAAAAGUUUACCAUUUGCCUCAUCCAAGCAUCUACAUGUGAGUAUUAUCGGUGUGAUUGGAACAAGGGGUGGGGGUGGGGGGGCAUUCUAGUUGAGAUAAAAAACGAAUAAUUCAGAAUGGAACACUUACUUCCAUGAGCAGAACAAUAUUGAUUUUUUUUCACUUCAUCGAGUCGAGACCAGUUGUUCCUUAGGUUUCUUUCAGCAUCCUUUCACAGGGAUGGACACCAGAUUCAUGAAAUCCACUAGGAGUGGUGAUCUGGGAUCGGUUUUCCCUGGCCCAUAGCCUGGCCUUAUCUGUUGAUUACAUUACAUUACAUUACAUUACAGGCAUUUGGCAGACGCUCUUAUCCAGAGCGACGUACAACAAAGUGUAUAACCAUAACCAGGAACAAGUAUGACGAAACCCCUAGAGAGAAGUACCGGUCCAAGUGCAGGGAACAACGCAUAGUUCAACUUGGACCCUGAAGGUUACGAAACCUACGAAACAGGGCUACGGAUUAGGGCUAAAAGGUAAAUGGGUUAUAACUGAUCCCAGAUCACCACUUGCCUACUGUUCUGAAUUUGGGCCCGGGAGAUCCAGCAGCGCUACCAGGACACUGGGAUCCAUCAGCAGCUCAAGAGGGGUCGAGGAGGUGUGCUAAAAUAGGCAAAGAGAGGGCAGCCCUGAACUCAUUGAGGAGCAAUAACAAGUCGGUUGCCACAAAACAGCACAAGAAGCAUUACAAAAUGGAGAAAUUGGAAUUGUGCUCCCAGGUGAUUCUUACUGUUUGGUCUCAUUCAAGACUCGUGAAGAUGUUCCAGCAAGGCGAACAGGAGUUUGGGAUCCACCAGCAGCCCACUCAAAGGGGUAGAUGAGACAGCAGCUGUUCUCGGUUAUCUAUCAGCCAGUCUUUACUAAUGACACCGGGCCAGCCAGCAGAGGAUGGGCUCCCCCUCUACAACCGGGUUCCUCCUGAGAUUUCUUCCCAUUGGGGAGUUUUUUCUUGCCACCGUGUUUUUAAUCCCACUGGGGAUUUGUUUUAUCUUGCUUGCUCAUUUUGUUGGGGGUUCAGGCCUGGUUUUUGCCCAUUUUCUGUGUAAAAAUGGCUGUUUAUUUAUUUAAUUUAUUUUUUUAUUUUUAUCGUUGAAUGCUAUCGUAGGUAAAUAAAACAAUCAAAAGUAUUAAUGAAUAAAAAUCAGUCAAUCAUUUCAGCCUUUAAUUAAUUCUCGGUAGAAGCAUUGACGGGCCCUCAUUUACAAUGGUGCCGAGAUAAAAGAAUAGGGUAGGCCUACAUUAAAACAACAAUGUAAACAUGUGGUCUAUCAAUUAAAAAAAAAGCCUAAAAAAGCCUAAUUUAAGCCUAAUAACACAAAUAAUAAAUCAAAUACGUACACAAGGACAAUUCUAUUAAAAAUGAUUCAGAUCAGCUACUAAACAGCACUAGGAACGUUCCACAUCUAUGAUGUCGGGCCGACGCCACAACGAUGGUUAUAAUAGAAGUGAGUAAGCGGAAGGAGAACUAAUGAGUUACGACUCUGGGCCUAUUCCCACCCGACCUUUGGUGGG